AGUCAAGCCGCAGAGGAAGAUGAAGGGCUUCUACCAGGCUGCUGGCAGGACCCUGGUUACUCUGGGGGGCCUCAGCAUCUUCUCAGGAGCCAUUGCCUUCUUCCCUGUCUUUUCCUGCAAGCUUUGGUACACAGGAUGGAGCGUUUGGAUUGCCUGUCCCAUCUGGAACGGGGCUUUGGCUGUCACAGCUGGAUCACUUGUGCUGCUGGCUCACAGAGAGUGGACCCAGAGAUACUUGUGGGAAGCCGUGUUCACCUUCGUAAUUCUGAGCAUUCUGGGAUGUCCACUUCAUUUCACAGUAGCCUUGCAAUCUGCCCUCCUUGGUCCAUAUUGCUUCUACUCUUUCUCAGGGGUUGCGGGGACCAAUUACCUUGGUUACGCGGUUACCUUUCCUUUUCCGUACACGAAGUUCCCGUCCGUCUGUGUGGACCCGCUCCACUAUGAAGAGUACCACCUGACCCUUCAGGUCCUGGACCUGUGCCUGAGCCUCAUCCUAUUCUGUGUGUCCCUGGCAGUGUUCAUCAAGCUUUUUGCAAGACUGAUGCAGACCGGAUACAUAAAUGGUCCAAAGAAUCCACAAUAAAUUUGAAGCUGUGUUCCCCUUAAAUUGGCCUUAUUUGUGGUCAUUAUUUUGAAAUAUUUACAAAGCAAUUUUGUUCUUUAAACUUCCUACCUUCUGGGUUCUUGUGAAAUAAAAUGGAAAUGAUUGUA